AUGGAGCGCCAGGGGGUACGCGCGGCGGCGGGGGUGGCCAUGCCCCACGAGGAAUGCCCGGGUCAGGAGCCGCAGCCCCCGGAGGCGACCAAGGAGCGUCCGCAGGCCGAGGAGACCUGCGAGGAGGAGGCCGGGGACGGGCCGGCCAGGGGUCGGGUGUCCAGCCCUUCGCUCGCCAUAUCCGGUGCCGGCCGCCCUCUGGCCACACUGGAGGGGAAGACAGGCCUGUACUUCUCCUCGCUGGACACCACCAUCGAAGUCCUGAAGAAGCGAGCCCAGGAGCUGAUCGAAAACAUCAAUGAGAGCAGGCAAAAGGACCAUGCGCUCAUGACCAACUUCAGGGACAGCCUCAAGAUCAAGGUCUCGGACCUGACGGAGAAGCUGGAGGAGAGGAUGUACCAGAUCUACGACCACCACAACAAGGUCAUCCAGGAGAAGCUCCAGGAGUUCACCCAGAAGAUGGCCAAGAUCAGCCACUUGGAGACAGAGCUCAAGCAAGUCUGUCAGACCGUGGAGACUGUGUACAAAGACCUGUGCCUGCAGCCCGAGGUAGGAGAGCGGGGCGAGGAGAUGCGAGCAGGAGCCGGGUGCACCUGCUGCUCCGCCCGGCAAACCCCCGGGCCCUUGGUGAACAGGGCCCGUUCAGGCUGA